UGUACUUCUCUGCCCUCAAGAAUUCAUCCUUCAGUCAUUCUCAGAGCUCAGAGAAUUUAUUUUCUUGCUUAAAAUGGCUUUGCUCUCAGAUCUUGUUAAUCUUAACCUCUCUGAUUCUACAGAGAAGGUGAUCGUUGAGUAUAUAUGGGUUGGGGGAUCCGGUAUGGACCUCAGAAGCAAAGCCAGGACUAUUUCUGGUCCCGUAGACGAUCCCAAAAAGCUGCCUAAGUGGAACUAUGAUGGUUCUAGCACAGGCCAAGCUCCUGGUGAAGACAGUGAAGUGAUCAUAUAUCCUCAAGCAAUUUUCAAGGAUCCCUUCAGGAGGGGCAACAACAUUCUGGUCAUGUGCGAUUGUUACACUCCAGCAGGUGAGCCGAUUCCCACAAACAAGAGGCAUAACGCAGCCAAAAUUUUCAGCCAUCCUGACGUUGCUGCUGAAGAGCCCUGGUACGGAAUUGAGCAAGAAUACACCUUGUUGCAAAAGGAUGUCAAGUGGCCUAUUGGAUGGCCCGUGGGAGGCUUCCCUGGACCUCAGGGCCCUUACUACUGUGCAAUUGGAGCUGAUAAAGCAUUUGGACGUGAUAUAGUAGAUGCACAUUAUAAGGCGUGCCUUUAUGCUGGAAUUAACAUAAGCGGCAUCAACGGGGAAGUGAUGCCUGGCCAGUGGGAGUUUCAAGUUGGACCAGCCGUUGGCAUCUCUGCAGGAGAUGAGCUUUGGGUUGCUCGCUACAUUCUGGAGAGGAUCACUGAGAUUGCUGGGGUGGUGCUUUCGUUCGAUCCCAAACCUAUUCAGGGUGAUUGGAAUGGUGCAGGUGCCCACACCAAUUACAGCACUAAAUCUAUGAGGAAUGAAGGAGGUUAUGGAGUCAUCAAGAAGGCAAUUGAGAAGCUUGGACUUAGGCACAAAGAGCAUAUUGCCGCCUAUGGUGAAGGAAAUGAACGUCGUCUCACUGGCCGACACGAAACAGCUGAUAUCAAUAACUUCUUGUGGGGUGUUGCAAACCGUGGUGCAUCAAUUCGUGUUGGCCGAGAUACAGAGAAAGAGGGCAAAGGGUACUUUGAGGACAGAAGGCCUGCUUCAAACAUGGAUCCGUAUACUGUCACCUCAAUGAUUGCAGAUACUACCAUCCUCUGGAAAUCUUGAAAGCUCUAUUAGCCUGAACUGAAGACGAGAUAAUUCAACUCUGGGGCCUUCGACACAGGAGAAUUGUGUUUCACUUACAAUUGCUAUCUUGUAUUACUGAAUAGAAUAGUGUCCUUGUUGUUUGCUACCAUGUAUUUCAGGCAGCAAGGACUAUAGUUCAUUGCGUUGUUGCCUAGUGCUUUUGCAGCAGUCUUAAAAUAACAGUUGUCAUUUUACUAAUGACAGUUGAAGCGUGAUUUCCUUUUUGUCA